AUGGGGAAAUGGGAUACCUCAUGUGUGGACAAGAAUGAGUUUGCUCUUAAGAUGUGGGAUGAGACCCCUGAAGGAAUGGACAUUAGUGUUUGUUUCAAAUCCCAAUCAGAAGCAAAACAUGCUGUGAAAUUAUGGAACAUCCAUCACAAAAGAGAAUAUACGAUGGUCGCGAGUAGUCCAACAACGUGGGCUGUACGGUGCAGAACAUUAAAUGUACCAAGUGAGGAUGGUGAUCCACCAUGUGUGUGGAAGAUGCGUGUGUCUUUGAAAGAUCACGGCCUUCAUGAAAUUGUAUGGGCGUAUGAGUGGAUCGAGAGAAUCGCGCCACAAAGAGUGCAACUAGAUUAUAUACUGGAUGAGACCGCUCCAUUAGCUCAGUGGGAACCCCACGAGUCGCUCAGAGCUGUGAGACAAUUUGGAUACAUACAGGGUGUUUCCCGUGGCCCUAUGAUUAAAGAUCGUGCAGCAUUUCUUCUCGAUCACGCCCACAGUAUGUCUGGCCUACUGAGCAACAAUUGUGUGGAUCACCAUUCCGCAGUACGUCCUCACUGGAGAAAGAGGGAAAAGUACGUUCUAAAAGAUUUGGAGGUUGGAUUCCCUGGCAAAAGAUAUGAGGGGUACUAUGAAUGGUUCAUGAUGAAUACUGUCAAGCUUAUAUCCAAUCCCAAAAAUUAUGAAGCUAAAGGAUACGAGACUUCUUCGAGUCGAGUGAAAUUAUAUGGCGAAGUAUUGAAUAACAUUCGCGUGAGUUCCAAGCAGUUUAGAGAUGAUAGAGAUGAGAAGAAUCUCCUAAACAAUGAACUCGAGGAGUAUUUGAACAAAAUCAUCAAUCAAACACAUGCUGCUUUAACCCUAGGUCCAAAUGAUGAGAUUGACAUGGACGAUACCCAAAUCCUAGUUGAUGAAGAAUCAUCUCUGCCCUCACAACCUGCGCCGCGUAAGAAAGCGAAACCGUGGCCGAGAGAUAAGAUUGGAGGAGGAAGAAAGCGAAAGAUAGAGAUUCCCCCUCGGUCAUUGCGAGAACAAAAUGACAGUGACGGUUCACGUAAUCAACAACGAGAGGCGAGGCGGCUUCUUCUAGAGGCUCGCACAUCCAGCUCUAGACUCAAUUUGAAGACAAUGGUGGACCUGAGACUCAAUUUGGUGGAGAGUCGCAACCACAGUCGGGAGUCCUAUUUCUCACUGUGGCAGAGUCCCAAUCCCUACCCCAACCCCAACUUCAUCAACAACAUGGUUCAAUACUCAUGUAUCUUUGGAGGGAAGAUAGGAUUCACCACGAGCCAAAUAAAUACACUCCGGAUGCGCCUAAGAAAGGAAAAGGGAAAAAAUGAGCCGUUGAUGUUACUGAACAAGAAAAAACCAGUCUUUGUUGUCACGAAUUUCGGUACUCGAGUUGUCGUUGCUGUUUCUCCGGAGUGUACAGUUGGGCAUUUCAAAGAGGAGUUCGAGAAUGCCCAUUUUAAUUGCUUUCCGGAACAUGGAAAGGUUACUGUGGACGCCGUGAAGAUAAGGAGGAAAUCUUGCUCUUUUGACCUUGCUGAAUUGUUUCCUCUAAAAUAUGCUUUUGAGGGUGCAAAGUGCUGGUUCCUUUAUGUUGUUUCGCACCGUGUAGAGAACCUGUCAGCGUAUAAAAAAAAUGGCAGAAUGUCAAAAAGAAAGAGAUGCAAGAAGAGGAAAAAGUUCUGGUGUUUCAAAGCUAUGAUUUUUAAGGUUCCAAGAGCUAUUUACUUUUUGAAGAGGACUAAGAAUAAGCCACAAAGGAAAAGGAAACGUAGACGCUUGGAGGACCGGAUAAAAGGCAGCGAGCAAGGACCUCUCAAAUCUGAGGAAAAUAGAUUUCUAGUUUUAGAAUCCAUUGGUGAUGUGGACAUACAGCCAAAUCUCGGAACCGAAAAAGAGUGCCACAGUGAAGCAUUUUCAGAAAGAGUAUCAAUUUCGGGCAUUAUAAAUAGAUAUUUUUCAAGUUGUGAUGAGGUGAAUUCGAACUCAAGAUAUUCUCUCAUGGGAAGCGUAGAACAAAUAAAGGCCAUAGGAGACUUUGACUAUCAGAGCAUACAAUCUCCUAUUGUCCCCAGAACACCUGAACAAGGACAUAGUGAGAUCCACCAGGGACCUAAUUCAAGGUCAUUGGAAAAAAAAGCUAGGACUGAUGUGGGAGUACGUGUUGUGAAGGCUUCCAGGAGUUUUGGGCUGUCUACAAGCAGAAAAAGUGUUGUUCAUUCUCUCUCCAACUUUAUUGAUGGAGGUUCAAUGGUUACUGGAUCUGGUAGUACUCAUGUGAGAAGGUUAGUCUUUGAAAUUCCAGAUACCGAUGACUAG